AAGCAAUUGUUCAACCCGAGCAGCUCAUUACGCUUUCGCUAUUGAGAUGGCGGACCAACUGGACGAUGCUGUCUCCGACGUUGCAGCUACAGAGCCGCAGGAAACACUGGCGCAAUUGUUCGAGCAGAUGCGAGUGCAGGACGCAAUGCAGCAGAUGCGCGAGUGGGACUCCGCAAAGCUGCUGGCGGAGCUGUCGUUGGCCUUCGCGUCGGUGCCACAUGCGCCAUCGUCCUUCCUGCAGUGCGUCAGUCUUUACGGCCAACUGCCAGGUAAGCAGGUGGUCUACAUCUCACAGUGGAUCGAGACCGCUGUGGCUUGCAUGAAGCUCUGUAAGGACCCGCAGGUCUCCCUGGCCGACAGUCUGCUGGCUGGUUCCAUGCUGCCAGUUUUCAAGCGCUCUCGCAUGCCUUUCGUAGCUGAUUUUGCACUCGCGUACCGCGUGGACGUGGAGACUCUCACCGCUUUCUGCUCUACACUGCUCAAGAUCCGUGUGGGACUGGCCGCACAUUUCAUGGAAUGUAUGAAAAUGAAGCACUUGCUGCCGACCGACGUGGUGCUGGAGGCCGUUACUAAGCAGAAGGACUUCCGCACGGGCGACAUGUUCGUUAAGGGCAACAGAGAGAACCAGAGAAGAUUCGUUCAGAUGCUGAUCGACGACAACGUGCAGGAUAAAGUCAUCAAGAAGCGGCUCUCACUGUUCAAGUUGCAGGCCAGUGCUUUCCCAGUCUACUUCGAACGCCGACAGAAGGCUACGCUGAGAUUCCUGGUAUACUCUAAGGAAUACGAGCAGGCUCUGCAGUUCGUCGAGAGCUCCCAGGGUCUGAAGUUUUACGCCUGCAAUAUGAUCAUCCGACAUGCCGGUGCGGAAGAUACUAACACCAAGCAGUUCAUUUUCCGGGCGGGUCUGGCGGCAAAUUUCCCUGAAGUGGACACGAGUGCAGAGGACGGCAAAACGUUUAAAAACCAAGACGAUCUGCCUCCACUUGACACGUGCCUGUCGCUGAUUGAUGCCAUCGGUGAAGCCAACAUUGUCUUUAUAGAUACUCCGACGGCAUUGCAGACAUGUGUGGAUCACCUUAUGAAGCAGCCAGCUAUUGGGUUUGACUCGGAGUGGAAGGCCGUGCACAUUUCAGCUAAUUCGCACAAUACCGCAGCGAAGUGUGCACUCGUUCAACUGGCAUCUCGGGAGAAAGCAUUUGUCGUGGACGUGGUGGCUCUUUAUGAACAUGGGGGCAUCUUACUUCCGCUCUUUCAAUCGGAAUCAGUGAUCAAGCUUGGUUUUGAUACUAGAGGUGACGUGAAGGCGCUUCGUCCAUUCUUGACGGGAGGUUAUGCCACUGAGAACGUGAUGUCGAUGCUGGUUGAUCUGCAAACUGUUUCACGUAAGCUCCCAACUCAAAAGGGAACUGCUGCUACUGAAGUCGCAGCUGAGGAUAGCAACGACAGCAACAGCAGUGCCAAUAGUUCGGCAGCAAACAGCGAGGCAUCAGAAACAGGGACGAAGCAAAGAAAAUGGAAGCACAAGCACAGCAAAACCAGUGAAAGUGAUGCCAGUGCAAAGUCCUCGCGUUUGGGCUUGGCAGCAAUUGCAGAAUCGUAUUUGGGUCUACCGCUAGAUAAGCGUGCUCGAAUGUCAGACUGGGAACGACGCCCGCUUACUCAAGCUCAGCUUCACUACGCUGCUCUAGAUGCACACGUACUUGUUCAGAUUUACUACAAGAUGCAAGAACAGCAUCCCAUUGACGCGUUGGACGCAGUCUUGAAGCGAUGUACGCAGAAAUCUGUCAGGUAAUGGGAAUUGAAAACUGCUCGAGGAUGCAGAUCUGCUUGAGAAUGCAGAUCUUCAAAUGGCUUGAGAGUUUUACCACUGUGAUUUGUACGAGUCGCAACUGUCAACAUUCUUGCUUGGAGCGAGAUACUUAAAAGGUCCAAUCAAGGCACAACUACUGGCAGCGAAAGUUGAGUUCAGACUAACGGAACUGCCCCGCAUCGUACUCAGAAUAAUGGCGAUAAAGCCUGUCGGAUGCCACUGCCGUUUGUAUUACUUAUCAACUCAUAUAGCUGGUUAGGGCGUCUGCAAAAUCGACUUUAUCAUCAUUUUCCAUGCAAAAGAGAUGCUGUUGUAAUGCAUCCGGUAGUGCGGUCACCUUCAAGAAAAAUUCGUUGAGUUUCUUUUGCAGCUCUUCUUUUUCCUGCAAUAUCAGUUCGAACAGAAGCAGUUUAGUGAGCGGUUUAGACGACUACAAAUUCGAUAGAACCUUACCUCGUUCGUCUUUCGCAA